CUUUAACAAACUCAACAAAGAACACUCGUGGUAGCUAUAAUCCAGCAAAAUAAGACAAACUUUGGGGUAUUUUUUACCUUUGAGUAUCGUUGACGGUACUGUUGGCCAGAAUGAUUACAUCAAUAUUUUGGCAGGUAAUUUCCAUCCUUGGUUCAAAGAAAUGACUGAGAAUAACGAAAGAAGCUUCAUUCUACAAGAGGGUGGAGCUACGUGUCAUACUGGCGCGUAUGCAAGAUGGUGGGUCUUCACUACAUACAAUCCUUUUCUUACCGCAAGAAGAAGGUUUGUUAAGGAAAAAGUGAGACAUCACUAUGAGCAAUUGCGGGAUGUUGAGAAGCAGAAAUCAUGGGAUGUUGAAAGAAUUCGUGCUGCUGCGUCGGCCAAUCGACGCAAAUCUCGUAUGCAGACGAAGAUGCGAAGAAGACGCAACAACUUUGCGAAAUACAAGCUUGCCUUUGAGGCCAAGUACGGCGAUGAUUGUGGGACAUUUGUCGAGCGGGCGUAUAUGUUCGAAGAAGAUGAAGACAUCUUGGACGAGCAUGGAAAUUCUUUGACAUUCCUUAACCGAGUGCCAAUCUGGAGAACUGACAAGCUCCAGGCAUUUGUCCAUGAGUUGGAUAAGCCCAGCAUGAAGCUGAAGCCAUCGGCUAACAAACUCUGUGUUCGCACACCCAAACCUGCCGAGGAAACUACGGUAUCCUUGGAUACAUUGGCUACGUUGCCUAGAUGGGGCAAUAUAUCUGAAAUUAUACCGCCCUUAAAUAUGAAUUUUAGGGUUGAAGGUGCUAAUAACAAGUUGAAGCGAAGACUUAAGGUAUCAACGGGUCAUUUAGACAAGGUGGGAAGCUUGGUGAAGAGUACAGUUGAAGUCGAUGCCAGCGAAUUUAAAGCUCGUUUGAAGGACCAAAAACUCCAGGUUACUACCGAAGUUGAAAAGCGGAGCAUGAUGAUAAGAGUCAAAAGAAGAGUGUCCUUAUACGCUUUGACCAAAGCUCUGGAACAACUUAAAAAAAAAUGGAACUUGUAG